CGCGCGGGCCUCAGAGCGCGCAGAGCAAGAUAAGAGAUAUAAUUAUGGUCUUCAUGGAGGUGCUGCUGUUCCUCAAGGACUUUGUGCUCGGCGGGGUGGCCGGCACCGUGUCCAAGACGGUCGUCGCGCCCAUCGAGAGGGUGAAACUGCUGCUGCAGCUGCAGGACGGCUCCGUGCAGAUGCAGCAGGCAAACAAGCGCUACGACGGCAUCAUCGACUGCACCCGCAGCGUUUACAAGGAGCAGGGCCUCUGGAGCUUUUGGAGGGGCAACUGGGCCAACGUGAUCAGGUACUUCCCGACUCAGGCCAUCAACCUCGCCUUCAAGGACCGGUAUAAGAAGCUCUUUUUGCAAGGUUUGGACAAAAAGGAGAACUUUUGGGGCUACUUUGCAGGCAGCGUCGCGGCUGGCAGCGCUGCAGGAGCAACGUCCCUUUGCGUGGUGUACCCAUUGGACUUCGCGCGGACACGUCUGGGCGCGGACAUCGGCAAGACGGAGGAGGAGCGCGAGUUUACCGGGCUGUGGGAUUGCGUGAAGAAAAUUUUCAAGUCAGACGGCAUCGUUGGUCUGUACCGCGGUUUCUUUGUGUCACUCUUCGGCAUCAUCCUCUACAGGGGCGCCUACUUCGGACUCUGGGAUGCGUCGAAGGAGUUGAUCGGCGAGGAGAAUUUAAACGUUUUCACCAAGUGGAUUCUUGCACAGUUGACAACGACCUUGGCUGGCCUGUUCUCGUACCCGGCCGACACCGUCCGCCGGCGCAUGAUGAUGCAAUCCGGUUGCAAAAAGAGUGACAAAUUGUACUCCACAAGCUUGCACUGCACCGUCUACAUUGCUCGAAACGAGGGUUUCUGCGCCUUCUACAAGGGCGCCUUCACCAACAUCCUCAGAGGCAUGUGCAGUGCAUUGGUCCUGGUGCUCUACGAUGAAAUGCAAUCACUUUUUGAUUACUUGGUGCCAACGCAGCAGUGAGAUUUUUUAGUGACCAUAAUUAUAUACUUUUUAUUCGCGCGCUGUUAUUUUUUUUUAUGAUUCUGAUUUAUUUUUUUACCAAUUCAAGGUGUUUUAUUUUUCCAGUUUAUUGCUUGUUUUUCUAAUUUUUACUGGUUAUGAAAAUAACACUUUUUGCUCUAAGCAAAAAAUUUUGCUGGUCCAGGCUAUAUUAAAAAGGCGGUUUGUGAUUAAUUGUGAAUAAGAAAAUCUUACAUUCGUUGCGAUAAAUUCAAGCAAUUACACCCAUUUAAAAUUUAUAACAUAAUUUAACCUACGAAUUAUUGUAAUCUAAUUGAAAAAUCUGCCUCUCUUUUCACGUGUUUGUUGAUGCAAACAAAAAGUUUGUUGUGAAACGCACCAUCUCUGAUCGAUUCGUUGUUUGUGAGAGAAGAAUAAUUUCUUCUCUUGAGGCGUUUUAGCAAUGUGUAUAAUUAUUCCAGAAUCCAGACGCCAAGCACACACAAGCGAGCGUGCUCAAAAUACAUUUAUUAAUUUGUGAUAAUUUUUCUCCUUAAUUGUGAGUAAGACAUUGUUUAAAGACACUUUUUUCACGAUCCAUUAUUUUCUAUUUUAUAUGUUAUUGUUGCCAUGUGUUGUAGUUGAUAAUUAAAACUUUCAAUUACUUUCAUUGUUGAAAACAAUUUUAUUUUUUGAUCACUUAAACUGUAGCUUAGCAUAAAUUAAUAUAUUUUUUACAUUUUUGUACUUUUUUUUAGCAAAUAUUCCUGUAAGUUGCUGCGCG